CUUUUGUUCAAUUAUCAGGAACCCUAAAACCCUAUUCGAGUUCUUCGAUUCAAAGAGUAUUUCAUAUUUCUGAUCUUGUUAUCAAUUUUUAGCUGAGAGAUUCACGAAUCGUAGAAGACGUAGAACGAGGAUGAGGAAAAAGGUGGACGAGCGUAUCAGGACUCUGAUUGAAAACGGCGUCAAAUUAAAACACCGUUCCAUGUUUUUCAUCAUCGGCGACAAGUCUCGUGACCAGAUAGUGAAUCUUCAUCAUAUGCUGUCAAAGGCAGUGGUUAAGUCUAGCCCAAGUGUUUUGUGGUGCUACAAGAAUAAGCUCGAUAUUAGCAGUCACAGGAAAAAACGUACGAAGCAGUUGAAGAAACUGAAGGAGAGAGGACAAUUGGAUCCCGAGAAACUUGACGCAUUCUCUCUUUUGCUUGAUGUUGGGAAAGUAACUCAUUGCUUGUACAAAGAUUCUGAAAGGAUUCUCGGAAAUACUUUUGGCAUGUGCAUCUUACAAGAUUUCGAAGCUUUGACCCCUAAUCUCCUAGCGAGGACAAUAGAGACAGUGGAAGGUGGUGGUCUAGUUGUGUUACUGUUGCGAUCUCUUGCUUCUCUUACCAGUCUGUGCACUAUGGUUAUGGAUGUUCAUGAUAGAUUCCGGACUGAGUCACAUUCUGAAGCUACUGGUCGUUUCAAUGAACGAUUUCUGUUAUCACUUGCCUCAUGCAAAGCUUGUGUUGUCAUGGAUGAUGAGUUGAAUAUAUUGCCCCUUUCUUCUCAUAUCAGAUCAAUUGCUCCUGUUCUGGCAAAGGAGGAUUCAGAGGGGCUCUCUGAGGCCGAACGAGACUUGAAGAGUUUAAAAGAGGAACUAAGUGAUGAUUUUCCUGUUGGUCCUUUGAUCAAGAAAUGUUGUACAUUGGAUCAGGGUAAAGCUGUUGUCACAUUUUUCGAUGCAAUUUUGGAUAAGACUCUCCGCAGUAUAGUUGCAUUAAUUGCUAGUCGAGGUCGUGGAAAAUCUGCUGCACUUGGUCUAGCGGUUGCUGGGGCUGUUGCUGCUGGGUACUCAAAUAUUUAUAUAACUGCACCGAGUCCUGACAACUUAAAAACAUUCUUCGAGUUCGUCUGCAAAGGUUUUGAUGCCCUUGAAUAUAAGGAACAUCUUGAUUAUGAUGUCGUGAAAAGUAUGAAUCCCGAAUUCAAGAAAGCAAUCGUGAGGAUAAACAUCUUCAAGCAACACAGGCAAACUAUCCAGUAUAUACAACCACAUGAACAUGAAAAACUCUCACAAGUGGAACUGUUGGUUAUUGAUGAAGCAGCAGCUAUUCCCUUGCCAAUCGUGAAGUCCUUGCUUGGCCCAUAUCUCGUGUUUCUGUCAUCUACUGUUAGUGGAUAUGAAGGUACCGGUAGAUCUUUGUCCCUGAAACUCCUCCAACAACUAGAAGAACAAAGCAGAACUUCUGCUACUGGUGUUGAAGGCUCUCUUUCUGGUUGUCUUUUCAAGAAGAUAGAACUGAAUGAGUCUAUUAGAUAUGCUUCUGGAGAUCCAAUAGAAUCCUGGCUCAAUGGUUUACUAUGCCUUGAUGUUGCUAGUUGUUUGCCGAGUCCUGCUUGGCAUCCUCUUCCAAGUCAGUGUGAUCUCUAUUAUGUCAAUCGGGACACGCUCUUUUCUUAUCACAAAGACAGUGAGUUGUUCUUACAGAGAAUGAUGGCCCUUUGUGUCUCUUCUCAUUAUAAAAAUUCCCCUAAUGAUCUUCAACUACUGGCGGAUGCUCCUGCUCACCAUUUGUUUGUGCUGCUCGGUCCUGUGGAUGAGUCCAAAAACCAGCUUCCUGAUAUAUUAUGUGUUAUCCAGGUCUGUCUCGAAGGACAAAUAUCUCGAAAAUCGGCCAUGAAAAGUUUAAGAGAUGGUCAUCAGCCAUUUGGAGAUCAAAUACCAUGGAAAUUCUGUGAACAAUUCCGGGACACUGUCUUUCCAAGCCUUUCAGGUGCUCGGAUUGUACGCAUUGCAGUCCAUCCCAAUGCCAUGAGGAUGGGAUAUGGUUCUGCUGCAGUUGAACUCUUGACCAGAUACUUUGAAGGCCAGCUAGCUCCAAUUUCAGAAGUAGAUGAUGAAAAUGAUGAGGAGCCUUCACCAGUUAGAGUUACCGAGGCCGCUGAAAAGGUCUCUCUGCAAGAGGAGCAGAUAAAGCCUCGUGCCAAUCUUCCACCAUUGUUGGUUCCUCUCCGUGAUCGAAAACCCGAGAAACUCCACUACCUCGGUGUUUCCUUUGGGCUUACUUUGGAUCUUUUCCGGUUCUGGAGAAAACAUAAAUUUGCUCCGUUCUAUGUCAGCCAAAUUUCGAGUGCUGUUACUGGUGAGAACACAUGUAUGCUACUAAAACCACUGAACAAUGAUGAAUUCGAAGUUAGCGAGUCCGAUGAGUUGGGCUUCUUUGCUCCCUUCUAUAAAGAUUUCAGGAUCAGAUUUUCUAAGCUGUUGAGUGACAAGUUUAAGAAGAUGGAAUAUAAACUUGCAAUGAGUGUGAUAAACCCUAAGAUCAGUUUCCCAGAAGUAGAUUCCUCAGGAACAUCGUCGGAUGGAUAUUUGAAGACACUUAACGGCGUAUUAUCACCUUAUGACAUGGAGAGACUCCGUGCAUAUACCGACAAUCUUGUCGACUUCAAUCUGGUUUAUGACCUCUGCAAAACACUGGCUCAUCUGUAUUUCCAAGAGAAGAUUCCGGUCACGCUCUCGUACGUUCAAGCAUCCGUAUUGCUAUGCUUGGGCUUGCAGGAAUCAGAUUUCUCAUGCAUCGAGAAACAAACGCAGUUAGAGAGAGGGCAGAUAUACUCUCUUCUGUUGAAGGUAAUGAAGAAAUUCUACAAAUAUCUAAACGAGAUUGCGGGAAAGGAGAUCGAAUCUACAUUCCCUCGGUUGAAAGAAAGACUGCUUGAACCUCAUAACGUGACAGUAGAGGAAGAUCUAAACGAAGCCGCAAAGCAAGUUGAGGAACAAAUGAGGGAGAAGACAGAAGGAAUGUUGGACCCGGAGCUGCUUCGGCAGUAUGCAAUUGUGGACAAAGAAGACGAUUUCGAGAAGGCAUUGCAGAACUCGAAGAUCUUGACGAGCGGGGUCCUCAGCGUCAAGUCCUCUAAAUCCGACAAGAAAGAUGAGAAAAACGGGUUUGAAAAAUCCGCGAAAAAGAGAAGCAAAAAUGGGCAGAGCUCCAAAUCAAACAAGAAGAGGAGAGCCUGAAUGUGGUGUUGUUACAGUAUUAACUUUAUUCUUAUGAUAUAAUAACAUUGACAAUGUCAAGAGUUUUUGUAGGGAAAUUUUGGUGAAAGAGUAACUUGAUGACAAUCAGAAUUUUGGGUGAUUGUUGUAAGUGUAAUUUCAUUUAUCUUCUGAAUGUUAAAGAACACCAACACUUUUGUAGCAUUAUGUAGGACUGGUUGCGGGUACUCGAAUUCGACCCGUUGGCAUC